AUGGAGAGUGAAGAUAAUGCUUUCCUUCAAGUUCUUUUCGACGAAACUAACAAAUGCGGUCCUGGGGAUGAUGUCCCGCCCUCCAUCAGCUUUGAUAUGUGGGGUACUUGCUCUAUUCGUAAUUUCCGGCGACAGCUGAGAAUGAAUCGUUCUCUCAAGUCAUUAAGGGUGCAUCUACUAACUUUGGUUUUAAGGUUUUGUAAAGUGGCUGGAGUUGAGCCAUUUGUUUAUGGAGGGACUGCACUGGGUGUCUAUCGCGAGGAUGGAAAAAUGAUUGAACGUGAUAGUGAUAUUGAUCUUGCUGCUAUCGAAUACGAUUCGACCUCCCGAGGCACUUUCACACGGCUUUUACGGGCUUGUCUGGAUAAUGGUACUGAAUAUUCAGGAAUAUAUAAUGCCAAUGAUGUGGACUUCCGAGACUCUGUAUCUCCUAUUCGGUUAGAUUUCAGUUCCGGAACGACAAUGAAGCGCUGGCUGAGCGUUGACGAUAAUGGAGAGAUCAAAGAGGCACGUUAUAACGGGUCCGACUGCAAACGAGUAAAGUUCUUCUUCUCUCUUCAGGGACUUGAAGAGGCUAGUAGGUUGCUUGGUAAGAACAAGCGCAUCGUAAGAAAUGUUUCUUCUGACCCUUCGCUUGUUCAUGUGGAUCUUUUUACUUUGUCAAUACACCCAGAUUACCCGAACACCCAUUUUCGUGUAAACUGGAAUAUACCAGGUGUUUAUAAUUGUUCGGAAAAGCCCUUCCCCAUCAGUGCUAUCCUCCCUUGCCGUCCUUGCACGUUUGAAGGAAUUCCUUUGCAGGCACCUGCCGACCUGAAGGUCUAUUUGGAGAUAGAGUAUGGGUAUCUUGGGAGGGAUGCCAUAUAUGACUCGGCUUCUCGAAUGUUCGUGCCGGUAUCUCCCAAUCAUCGUCGCUUUAUUCCACCGUGCUUACUCCUCCCUACCAUGAGAACCAUUUCUACCCUGAAUCGCCUCACCGAAUUCCGUAGUCUCCUCCGGUCCCGUCAGUUGCAGGCCUACAUUUUACACUCGGAGGAUGAGCACUUUAGUGAGUAUGUUGAUCCAGCCGAUAGACGAUAUUCGUUCCUCUCGGGCUUUACUGGCUCUGUGUGCACAACAGUUGUGACCCUGGAUAAGGCCGCGUUGUGGGCCGAUGGACGCUACCACCUGCAGGCCUCUCACGAGUUGGAUGGUAACUGGGUUCUCAUGAAGAAAGGUCUCCCUGAUGUUCCUAGUGAGGCUACUUGGCUCUCUCGGAACACUCCACCGGGAUCCAGGAUCGGCUUCGAUCCCAAACAGAUACCUUACCUGCAGAUCCAGGCAUACCGUAGAGAACUGGACGAAGCGCAGUUCGAAGUGGUUUCCAGUGGCGAUUUUUCGGACAAUGCAACUCGUUCAGAGUCCCGCCGACUAGUGGAUGUUCUUGGACCUAAUCUGAUCGACCUUGUAUGGGACAAAAUGUCUGAAAUCCCAGAAGAACAGUGCAGUCGACCUGUUCGGAAGGCAAAUCCUAUCACUAAUGUUCCAAUCUCAUUCGCGGGACAAACGUGGCAAGAGAAGGUGCAACGAAUCCGUGUUUUAAUGGACCCCAAGCGGGUUUCGUUAUUAGCCAUCUCAACAUUGGAUGAAAUAGCCUGGUUGCUAAAUUUGCGCGGUAGUGAUGUCAUAUACAAUCCGGUUUUCUUUGCCUACUUGUUGGUCACACUAGAUGCUGUCCACUUGUUCCUGAAUGCAUCCUCUGUAGCUGAGUCACAAGGCGUCUUGAAAACGCAGUUUGGUGAUCCGAGCCUGAAUGUAUUCAUUCAUCCAUACGCUGAGUUCUUUGAACACCUGGAAAACCAAGUGGCUCAACUCCCGAAAACACAUCCUCGUGUUUGGUUUGAUUACAACGCAAGUUAUGCGAUGGUUUCUUGUGUCCCAGAGUCACAGAGACUAAUGGCCAUCUCACCCAUAGCGCAGAUGAAAGCAACAAAACUUCCCACCGAAUUAGAGGGGAUUCGUAGUGCACAUGCGAUGGAUGCUCUUAUUCUAUGUGACUUUCUUGCCUGGAUGGACGAAGUUGCCGAGCGAAACCGCACAUUGAAUCAUACAGAGCGAGUACCGAUGAAGGGUGAUGUAUGUGAACCCGCCGGGUCACCUUCUUUGCCAGCACCAGUCAGUUUGACUGAGUCUUCUGUGGCUGGCUAUCUCGACGAACUACGCUCACAAGCGCCAUCCUUCGUGAGCCUCAGUUUCACUACUAUUUCUGGAGCAGACGCCAAUGGUGCCAUCAUUCACUACCGUCCCAUUCCCGGCAAAGACGCGCCUAUUAGCCCAUCUACGUUCUACCUGGUCGAUUCGGGAGCGCAGUACCUUUCUGGAACAACCGACGUAACGCGAUCCGUACACUUGCAUGAGCCAACGGUCGAACAACAGUCGUGCUAUACUCUAGUGCUGAAAGCUCACAUUGCUGUCGCCAGUCAGGUUGCAUCGGAGCUGGAUACCGCGGAUAAAUAUCCGUGGAAACACUCGUUUUGGGAAUACGAGCCAUCGAUUCGAGAGAGGCGAAGUGACCAACUCUCCGCUGUUGUGCAGACUUUCACCCCAAGCAGCUACCAGCUCCUCCUUGGUGUUUACGCAUGCUCCAUGGACUCGGAUCGGAAGGCUGAGAUCCCGAACAAUUUUGCCGAAUGCGGAAUCAUCUUUCCAACCAAUACGCCUGGAACCAGCUUGGAUGUUUUGGCUCGCCGUGAACUCUGGAAUUAUCGUAAUAACUUUGCUCACGGAACAGGACAUGGAGUUGGUGCAUUCCUGUGUGUUCACGAAGGACCAGUUGGUUUAUCUGGUAGUCGCAUGGGGAGUUGGGCCCGCCUAGGAGUCACUGAACCCGGUAUCCAGAAAGACAUGGUUCUAACCAUCGAACCUGGUUACUAUUUGGAAAACCAGUUUGGAAUUCGGUUGGAAAAUGUGGUCGUUGUUGUCCCCGCAGCACCACUUCCAGUACAAUACACCGUUCCGCCCACCGCGGCUUCCGACGUCGAAUGGCUUACCUUCUCACCCAUCACUGUUGUCCCAUUUCAAAGAAAAUUGAUAAUCAGGUCGAUGCUUACUCAGUCCGAGUUGGACUGGUUGAAUCGUUAUCAGUUGUUCGUGCGUGAGACUAUCAGGGACCAAUUAAUGCAGGAAUCGAAUCUUGCCACUUUCGAUCCGGAUCAAUUAUCUCAAACCCGUCGGCGUUGUUGGACCUGGGUGCAACGUGAGACUACCCCCUUUCGUCUCAACCGCUAUCCCAGGGAUCACCUUCCUCGUCUAAACACCACCAGAAACGUGCAAAACCCACUCUCUUCCCCACCACAUCACCAUCUGAUUCUCAAUUUGGGACCCGUCAGCCUCGCACUCUUUUGUGGUAGCUAGAACUUGGUUAUUUGCACUGCUGUAGUCUUUUUGAAUUAUCAGAUUUGAUUCCAAAUGAAUCGUUUAUCUAGUCAACCAGCAUUCGAUGUCCUUUCAUUUCAACAAUUUUCCGUUCUGGGUUCCUUGGCUUGGUGUAGUUGUGAUACCGUUGUUUCUCUGUAUGCGGCUAUUUCCCUCUGGGAGGGUUAUCUGAAGGGGUUCCCAUCUUUGCGAGCAGUCUCUGUUACAACGCAAACGGUACCUUUUUUACGAAGAGUAGUACAUUCUUUCCAGAGAACUGACUUCAGUUUGUCCCCUUCAUCUCCA